AUGUCCGCUAACAGCAUCCCUGGCCCGAAGCUGCGCCGCAAGAAGAAUGUGAAGAAGGGUAUCCAGUUCUGUCUCAUGGUCUGCGGUGCUUCAGGAACAGGCCGUACUACCUUUGUCAACACCCUCUGCCAAAAGGCAGUCCUUCCUCAUCUCGACUCCGAUGCGCCACCAUACCUCGACUCAGAAAGCACCGGCGAGCCAUCUGUGAAGAUCAAGCCAGUGACGGUGGAGUUGGAGCUGGAUGAGGAAGGCACGAGGGUCAGCUUGACCAUUGUGGACACGCCCGGUUUCGGUGACCACGUGGACAACGAGGCGAGCUUUGGCGAGAUCUCGAGCUAUCUGGAGAGGCAGUACGACGACAUCGUCGCGGAGGAGAGCAGAAUCAAGCGUAACCCGCGAUUCCGAGACAACCGUGUACAUGUGUUGUUGUACUUUGUGCAGCCGACCGGCCACGGGCUCCGCGAGCUGGACAUUGAGCUCAUGCGCCGCCUUUCGCCUCUUGUCAACGUUAUACCUGUCAUUGGCAAGGCCGACUCGCUCACCCCGCUCGAGCUUGCUGAGAGCAAGAAGCUCAUCAUGGAAGACAUCGAGCACUACCGCAUUCCUGUCUACAACUUCCCGUACGACAUCGAGGAGGACGACGAGGACACCGUAGAGGAGAACGCCGAGCUUCGCGGCCUCAUGCCAUUCGCUAUCGUCGGAUCAGAGGAGGUCGUCGAAGUUGAUGGAAGAAGAGUGCGCGCCCGUCAAUACCCAUGGGGCACGGUCGAGGUCGACAACCCGCGCCACAGCGACUUCCUCGCCAUCCGCUCAGCGCUCCUCCACUCUCACUUGGCCGAUCUCAAGGAGAUCACCCACGACUUCCUCUACGAAAACUACCGUACCCAGAAGCUGUCCAAAUCCGUCACCUCGCCCGGCGACAGCGCUUCAGGCACCGGCGGUGUGUCUGACGAAGGCUUCCUUGACCCACAGUCUCUGGCUUCGCAGAGCGUGAGGCUGAAGGAGGAGCAGCUCCGUCGCGAAGAAGAGAAGCUCAGGGAGAUUGAGAUCAAGGUGCAGCGCGAGAUUAGCGAGAAGAGGCAGGAGCUUUUAGCUCGGGAAAGCCAGCUCAAGGAGCUUGAGAGCCGGAUGCAUCGUGACCACACCACCCAGGAUAGCACGAUCGACGAGGACGAAGAAACGAGGGCAGGCGCUUAG